AUGACGGACAAUAUGCUGCCGAUUCAACCACAAUUUAGGAUAUUCCUGUCAAAUCUGGAACGGCAAAUGUCGGAUGAACAAAAAGAAAUCUGGAUCCCGAAGGCCGAACGAUUUGAAAUCUUCGGCUCGUAUUGCCAGACCGAGCUGGGCCAUGGAUCUAAUGUCAAAGGCAUCGAAACCACUGCGACUUUUGAUGCGGAGACUGAUGAGUUUUUGAUCAACUCACCUACGAUCAGUAGCACGAAAUACUGGAUCGGAUCAACUGGGGUAUGGGCUACACAUGGUAUUGUUGUGGCUCGCUUGAUUGUCAAGGAAAAGGACUAUGGCAACCAUCUGUUCCUGGUUCAGUUACGCAACCUUGAUAGCCAGGAGAUUAUGCCAGGUUGUGAGAUUUACGAGCUCGGCCCAAAGGCAUUCCAGGGCAUGCUCGGAACAGAUAACGGUGCACUUACGUUUCACCAUGUCCGCAUUCCCCGGGACCAAAUGCUAGCCAGAAACGCACAAGUUCUCGGAGACGGUACUUAUAUCCCACCCAAGAAUCUCAAGCACUCAUACGGUUCAAUGGUGACGGUCCGCGCUCUCAUGGCAGAGAUCACGGGCUGGGACCUGCUCAAAGCCGUGACUGUUGCUUAUCAUUACACCAACUUUCGAAAGCAAUUCUCGAGGAGUGGAAAUGGCCACGAAAGUCCAGUUUUCGAUUAUGCGAGUGUGCGAUAUCGACUGCUUCCACUCCUCGCCAAGGCAACUGCGCUUGUUAUCGUUAGUCAAGCCAUCAAACGUGCAUAUGAGGAAUAUACCGCAAAAUACCUUCGGACCGACGAUAUAUCUCAAUUGGAAGAUCUCCACCUUCAAACUGUUGGUGCUAAAGUCUAUUCAACUGAAAUUACAGGAUAUGGGGUUGAAACUUGCCGAAUUGCAUGCGGCAGUCAUGGUUACAGUGCUCUCUCAGGGUUUGGCAGGAUGUACGCUAAUUCUAUCAACGCCGUGACCUAUGAGGGCGAUAACUUUGUUGUGGCGCAACAAGUACCUAGGGCCAUUUUGAAACAUUUCAAAGCCGGGACCGAAUCAUCUAUUCCCUCGCUCUCCUACCUUUCCGUUCUGCGCAACGCCACUACCCCACAACCACUGGGUAUCAGAUCGCCUUCAGACUGGCUAAAGCGUGAUUCGCAGAGUUUUAUACUCGAACAGCAGGUGGCCAUCCUUGUACAACAGCACAUGGAAGACACGAAGGCAGGUCGGGAUACCAGCUAUGCUUGUCAUGCAUUGACAAUGGCACACGGCGACUUCGUAUAUUGGAAAGGAUUGUGGGAAGUUGUUGACAACAUACCCAGUGGCGAGGUCUACAAAGGGUCUAUGGUAGCAUUGGCGCAACUCUUCUCCCUCUCCAUCAUGACCUCAGCUCAUAUCGUGCUAUGUCUACCUCUCACAUUGACAGCUGCUCAGCGUGCCUCGCUACGCUUGGCGUACGACGCGGUUAUUGUUGAAGUGGCAGGAAAACACGCCCAGAAUGUCAUCAACGCGUAUGGCUUCACAGAGUUUGAGCUCGACAGCGCACUAGCGAGAAGCGACCAGUCCCCAUACGAGGCCCUUCUAGAAGGUGCCCAGAAGAGUGAGAUGAACCACAUGCAACAUCUGUGGCCCAUGAUGGUGGACACACGAAAGAUGUGGAGGCGGGCUCAACGGGACAUACAGAAAGGUGGGGUCAAAUCAAAGCUAUAA